UGGCAGAGAGGAAAGAUGGCGUUAUCUACAGAGUCACUCUUGAAAACUUUGGAGGAUUUGGGAGCCGAAGACUUUAAAAAAUUCAAAUGGUACCUGCAGCAGUCAGAGGUCCUGGACGGUUUCCCAGCAAUCCCAAAGUGCCGACUUGAAAGUGCAGACAGACUUGACACAGUUGAUCAGAUGGUGCAGACGUACAGCAUAGACAGCAUUAAAGUAACAAACAUCGUUUUAGGGAAGAUAAAUAAGAAUGAUCCUGCAGAGAAAUCCACCUCAGUACCUCCAGAGGUUCUUGCUGAGUGCCAACGAAAACUGAAAUCCAACUUACAAAAGAAAUAUAAGUAUGUGUUAGAAAAAAUCACAAAAAGCAGAAAUUCAAAACUUCUAAAUCAGAUCUACACUGAGAUCUACAUCAUGAUGGAGGACACUGGGGAAGUCAACAUGGAACAUGAGGUCAGACAGAUUGAAACAGCAUCCAGGAAACCAGACAGACCAGAAACAACAAUCAGAUGUGAAGACAUCUUUAAAGCCUCACCUGGAAGAGAUGAACCAAUCAGAACAGUGAUGACAAAGGGAGUGGCUGGCAUUGGGAAAACAGUCUUAACACAGAAGUUCACUCUGGACUGGGCUGAAGACAAAGCCAACCAGGACAUACAGUUCAUGUUUCCAUUCACUUUCAGAGAGCUGAAUGUGCUGAAAGAGAAACAGUUCAGCUUGGUGGAACUUGUUCAUCACUUCUUCACUGAAACCAAAGAAGCAGGAAUCUGCAGGUUUCAAGACUUCCAGGUUGUGUUCAUCUUUGACGGUCUGGAUGAGUGUCGACUUCCUCUGGACUUCCACAACACUGAGAUCCUGACUGAUGUUACAGAGUCCACCUCAGUGGAUGUGCUGCUGACAAACCUCAUCAGGGGGAAACUGCUUCCCUCUGCUCGCCUCUGGAUAACCACAAGACCUGCAGCAGCCAAUCAGAUCCCUCCUGACUGUGUUGACAUGGUGACAGAGGUCAGAGGGUUCACUGACCCACAGAAGGACGAGUACUUCAAGAAGAGAUUCAGAGAUGAGGAGCAGGCCAGAAGAAUCAUCUCCCACAUCAAGACAUCACGAAGCCUCCACAUCAUGUGCCACAUCCCAGUCUUCUGCUGGAUCACUGCUACAGUUCUGGAGGAUCUGUUGAAGACCAGACAGGGAAGAGAGAUGCCCAAGACCCUGACUGAGAUGUACAUCCACUUUCUAGUGUUUCAGUUCAAACUGAAGAAUGUCAAGUAUGGCCGAAGAUCAGAGACAGAUCCACACUGGAGCCCAGAGAGCAGGAAGAUGAUUGAGUCCCUGGGAAAACUGGCUUUUGAGCAGCUGCAGAAAGGAAACCUGAUCUUCUAUGAAUCAGACCUGACAGAGUGUGGCAUCGAUAUCAGAGCAGCCUCAGUGUACUCAGGAGUGUUCACACAGAGCUUUAAAGAGGAGAGAGGACUGUACCAGGACCAGGUGUUCUGCUUCGUCCAUCUGAGUGUUCAGGAGUUUCUGGCUGCUCUUCAUGUCCAUCUGACCUUCAUCAACUCUGGAGUCAAUCUGCUGGAAGAAGAAAAGUACUGCGGCACUGAGGUACAAAAAGACGAUGCUAAACUCUCACGUCUCUACCAGAGUGCUGUGGACAAGUCCUUACAGAGUCCAAAUGGACACCUGGACUUGUUCCUCCGCUUCCUCCUGGGUCUUUCACUGCAGACCAAUCAGAGUCUCCUAAGAGGUCUGCUGACACAGACAGGAAGUAGCUCACAGACAAAUGGAGAAACAAUUAAGUACAUCAAGAAGAAGAUCAAUGAGAAAUUUUCACCGGAAAGAAAUAUCAACCUGUUCCACUGUCUGAAUGAACUCAAGGACCGUUCUCUUGUGAAUGAGAUCCGAUGGCACCUGAGUUCAGGAAGUCUCUCCACAGAGGAACUCUCUCCUGCUCAGUGGUCAGCUCUGGUCUUCAUCUUACUGACAUCAGAAGAAGAUCUGGACGUGUUUGACCUGAAGAAAUUCUCUGCUUCAGAGGAGGCUCUUCUGAGGCUGCUGCCAGUGAUCAAAGCCUCCAACAAAGCUCUGUUGAGUGGCUGUAACCUCUCAGAGAGAAGCUGUGAAGCUCUGUCCUCAGUUCUCAGCUCCCAGUCCUCUAGUCUGAAAGAUCUGGACCUGAGUAACAACAACCUGCAAGAUUCAGGAGUGAAGAAGCUCUGUGCUGGACUGGAGAGUCCACCUUGUAGAUUGGAAGCUCUCAGGUCAGGAUAAAUUCCAAUUUAAAGGCUACUUUUAAUUUAAGUUAAUUUACUUAAAGUAAAGAUUUAGUUUUCUUUCUUAAUUCAGCUUUUUGUUUUCUUCCAUUCAUUCAUGAUUUUUACAACUAAUUCCAGGCUGUCAGGCUGUCUGAUCACAGAGGAAGGCUGCUCUUCUCUGGCCUCAGCUCUGAGCUCCAACCCCUCCUAUCUGAGAGAGCUGGACCUGAGCUACAAUCAUCCAGGAGACUCAGGAGUGAAGCUGCUGUCUGCUGGACUGGAGGAUCCACACUGGAGACUGGACACUCUCAGGUAUGGACAGAUAAUUGAUGUUGAUGUCUACAUUGCAAGAAGGAACCACCAGAACCUCCAGAACCACCAGAACCUGCAGAACCUCCAGAACCACCAGAACCUGCAGAACCUCCAGAACCUGCAGGCCCCAUCCUGGUCAGAGUCUUCAGACAAAUGA